AUAAAUGUGCUCCAUAUUUGCUGCUAUCACGUUCGUGAACAGUAGAUUUGUUUCUCUUGAAGAGGUUAUGUUUUUUAAAUACAAUUCCUCCAUGGAUAUUGAAUACUAUUUUUAAUGAAAUACAGUAAAAUAUAAAAAGAAUUUAUAGAAAUUAAGAUACCUUUUCAAAAGGUUUUAUUAUAAAUAAUGAGUAUAACAUCAUUGAUCACACGGCUUUUAAAAGUUAAUAAAAGAUGUAAUAUUUUAAAUUUUAAUAAAAAUUUAUCUCAGCAAGUGGUAAAAUUAGAAAAACCUGAAUUAAGAUUUAAAAAGUCAAAAGUAACUUCAAAGUUUCAACGAGUUACUGAAGAUGAUGAUGAUGAUGCACCUGGAUUUACUGAGUAUGCUUUAAUAAGCAUCCCUAUAAUAACUUUUAUUCUUGGAACUUGGCAAGUUGAAAGGAGAAGAUGGAAACUAAAUCUUAUUGAAGAACUAAAACAAAGAACUACAAGUUCUCCAGUACCUUUGCCUGAUGAUUUAAGUCAGCUACAAGACAUGGAAUAUAUGCCAGUUAAAGUAAAAGGUGAAUUCUUGUAUGAUAAAGAGUUUUUACUUGGACCAAGAAGUCUUAUUUUAGAUGGUAAGCCGGCAUCUGAGAAAAGUGUAUCAAGUAUGGGGGGUAGUAAUAAAUAUUCAGGAUAUUAUGUUGUGACUCCAUUCAAAGUCAAAGAUCGAGAUUUAAUUAUUUUGGUGAAUCGAGGCUGGAUAAGAACUCGUCUUGAUAAAAUGCCUCCUGAAAAAUUAGGACAUGUUUCAGGAGUAGUGGAAAUAACUGGUCUAGUGAGACAUACCGAACAAAGACCACCUUUUAUGAAAGCAAACAGACCAGAAACUGGUAUAUGGUCUUAUCGUAAUAUUGGUUCUAUGGCAUUAGAAGUUGGUGUUGAUCCUGUUUUCAUUGAUUUAACUGAAGAAUGUGAUGUACCAAAUGGACCUAUUCCUGGUCAAACACUAGUUGACCUCAGAAAUGAACAUUUAUCAUACAUCUUUACCUGGUACCUACUAUCUGGAUUAAGUGGAUUAAUGUGGUACAGACAAGUUAUAAAAAGAUUACCUGCUUGGUAAUUAAACUAUUAUGUGAUCUUGUUUAGAUUAUUGAACAGUAGAAUAAUCAAAAGAAUAAUAAGCUGUAAAUAAGUAAUAAAUGUUUCAAUGUUUUUUAUUAAA